AUGAAUCAUUACGAAUACUAGGAUUGUUUUGAUGAUUCCAGACUUUAGGAUGCAUUCAAACAAACAGCCACAUUUUUCAAUCCAAACCAAUCAGGCCUCAAAAAUUCUAUAACUAGUUCUAAGGGAUCAGGAAGACCACAAAUGGAAUACACAUUUAAGCCUGCUCAACCACGUCUUAUUCAACAUGAGACGCAGCAGAGUUCAAGCAAACGAAAUAAUGGAUAAUUUAUGCAGAACAAACUAAAUGCUUAACCAUAAAAAAUCACGUACCAAACUAAUCCUAUCUCUAGUUCUCCUGUCAAAGUCAUCAAAGGUAUUAGUUAAAAGCCACAAUCUCCUCCGUAACUUUACGAAUCCCGCAAUAAAGUUACUUAUCAAGAGCAAAUCAAACGAAUCAAAGAAACAGACAUACGUGAUGAAUUCGUACACAAAAAUCAAUAAAAUGAAAUGCAGCCUCCAAAACCCAUCAACAAGAAUUUUGUAGGUUCACGUAUGCUUCGAUAAAAAAUGGAAGGGACUAUCAAUACUGCCGAUUCCGCUCUGCGAGUCCAAUUUCAUACCAAAUAAAAUGAAACAGACAAUGUAACUAGACUGUCGUCAGAUCAAAUGGACUUUCCCAGCUAUAAGAAGUCGCUCCUUGAAUCUGAUCGUUUCAACAAUCGUUAGAAUUUAAAUGAUCUUUUGAAGAAAAGUAAUUCAACUGCCUUUCUCCCUCAAAUCUAACCUAAAUUGUAAUAAGCCAAAAAUCUUCCUUAUGGUUAUGGACCAAUAUCAUAACAAGACACAGCCAUAAGAACCAAUUCCUCCAAAUAAACCAUCCAAGGAAAUGAAAUACUCUACGCUCAUCCUGAGGAUUCUCUGAUGAGGAAGUCAAAGACUGCUUAAGAAACCAUGCGAGAGUCAGGAGGUCAAUAAAUUCAGAACAAAAUUUAGUAUAAAUUAAACAGUGCUGAAUCUCAAGACGUAUUGCCUCAGAUUCAUUCUCCCAAUCAAGGAACUUAGCAAGGAUUCUCUUAGAGCAAAGGCAGAUCGUUUUUGUAGAGAAAACCAUAGGCUAAGAUAAUCAGCAGAUUAUUUUCAUCAAAAUCUGAUAAUAAAAAUAAUUGA